AUGCCUUCUACCAACAUCACGCAAGAUCCUGAAGAAAGUAAGCCACAGCUCCAAUCAAAAGCUGUGAUCAAUGAACAUGUCCUCUACUUGCUCUUAAAGGACUUGACAAAAGAGCAGCACCAGCAACUAGCAGCAAGCACAGCAGCACCAGCAGUCUAUCUGCGAGCAGAGCAGCACCAACAGCAAGCAGAGCAGCACCAGCAGUCCAGCAGCGGAGCAGAGCAACAGCAGCGGCAAGCCAAGAAGAAAGAGGAGGAGAAAGGAGGGGCAAGGCAGAGCAGCACCAGCAGUCCAGCAGCGAGGCAGAGCAGCACUGAGGCUCACCUGCCUGAAGAGGAGAAGAGCACGAGGGGCCGGCGGCGCGAGGAGGGGCGCGAGACGAAGGAGCAGGAGGGGCGCGAGACGAAGGCGAUGGUGGAGCUUCAGAUCCGCGACGUGGGGCCGGCGACGGUGGAGCUUCAGAUCCGCGGCGGCGGGCGUCCAGCGGCCGGCGGCGCGAGGAGGGCUCGACGGGCGCGUCCAGCAGCCGGCGGCGCGUCCAGGUGA